UGACCGUACAUGUUUGUGGGACUAAUUGAUUCUGGGCUUCCAGCACGGUGAGGCUGCACAAAAGGGGGCCGGUCGUGCCUGGCACUACGCGCAGGGUCCCGCUGUAUUGCGGGCGGGGAGCUCAGCUGCAGCACCGGGGCCUCGGGGUCAGUAGGCAGGGGCGGGGAAGCCGCGGCCGCGCCCUCCUGGCCACUCCCCGGCCGGCGGUGGGUGGCGCGCACUCGCUUAUGUCCUCCGCGCCACCACGAUCGCCCACCCCGCGGGCCCCCAAGAUGAAGAAGGACGAGUCUUUCUUGGGCAAGUUGGGCGGCACACUGGCAAGGAAGAAGAAGACCAGGGAGGUGACUGACUUACAGGAAGAAGGCAAGAGCGCCAUCAACUCUCCAAUGGCCCCGGCUUUGGUGGACAUUCACCCUGAAGAUACCCAGCUAGAGGAGAAUGAGGAGCGUACCAUGAUCGAUCCCACCUCUAGAGAGGACCCCAAGUUCAAGGAGUUGGUCAAGGUGCUUCUGGACUGGAUCAACGACGUGCUGGCCGAGGAGCGCAUCAUUGUGAAGCAGCUGGAGGAGGACCUGUACGAUGGCCAGGUGCUACAGAAACUUCUGGAAAAGCUGGCGCACUGCAAGCUGAAUGUGGCAGAGGUGACACAGUCCGAGAUCGGGCAGAAGCAGAAGUUGCAGACGGUUCUAGAAGCCGUGCAAGACCUGCUUCGACCCCACGGCUGGCCGCUGCGUUGGAAUGUGGACUCUAUCCACGGGAAGAACCUGGUGUCCAUUCUGCAUCUCCUUGUCUCCCUGGCCAUGCACUUCAGGGCCCCCAUUCACCUUCCUGAGCAUGUCACCGUGCAGGUGGUCGUCGUUCGGAAGCGGGAAGGCUUGCUGCACUCCAGCCACAUCUCAGAGGAGCUGACCACGACCACAGAGCUCAUGAUGGGCCGGUUUGAGCGGGACGCCUUCGAUACUCUUUUCGACCACGCCCCGGACAAGCUCAACCUUGUGAAGAAGUCUCUCAUCACGUUUGUGAACAAACACCUGAAUAAGCUAAACUUGGAGGUGACUGACCUGGAGACCCAGUUUGCAGAUGGUGUGUACCUAGUUCUACUUCUGGGCCUCCUUGAAGACUACUUUGUCCCCCUUCACAACUUCUACCUGACUCCUGACAGCUUUGACCAGAAGGUGCACAACGUGGCCUUUGCCUUUGAACUGAUGCUGGACGGAGGCCUCAAGAAGCCUAAGGCACGCCCUGAAGAUGUGGUGAACUUGGACCUCAAGUCCACUCUGCGGGUCCUUUACACGCUGUUCACCAAGUACAAGGAUGUGGAGUGACAGAGCAACUGAUCCUCCAGGAACAAGUGCUAGGCCAGAAAAAUGGGUGCAUCCAUCCACACAGUCCUUGUUUUCCCAGGAAACACCUUCCCGGGGAGGCCUCAGGUUUCCCAGGCCUCUGCUCCCUGCCCCCUGCCUGGUUUGGUUUUAACACCCCUCCCCCUCCCUCGCCCUCCCCACCCCCCCUUCCGCUUCUGCCCUGUGGUUCCCUAGCUGGUUAGGUCAUUGAGAACUUGGUGCUUCAAAUACCCUCUCCCGUUUAAGGCCUCACUUCUUUUUCUCUGCCUCCCCCCCCCCCCCCCCCCCCCCAAAGAUGAAAAAGGCCCAGCCUAGCCCUUGGCUGUUGAGGGCUGUCCACCUGUGCUCCAGCCCACAGAGCAAUUACGGCAACAGCCCUGGCUCCAGGGACUCCGCCCCAUUUGUCCUCAGGAAUCCCCCGGUCUGGGCUCUCCUUGGAAGCAAGGGUCUCAGUAAAAAAAGAUCCACUCAGUUUUUCACUCCUGAGUCUCAGAAGAUUUUGACUCCUGACGUGUGUCUCCACACACCCCCUCCCCAUCCGUCUUGCGGUUUGCUGCUUUUAAUGGACCUUUUACAUGAACUCUCAGGACCCAGAAUGCCUUGGGGCCCCAGGGUAGUGCAUACGGUGCAUGUCUGGGUCUCUUGCUGGCUCCGAAUGUGCAGCUUGAGAGCCGGCUUGGAGUCGGAACCUCCCGUCUCGGAGGCCCUGUUAGGGAAUGGACACAUUUUUAGAGACUUUACAAGAAGGUGGGGAUCUAUUACAAGGGCUGCCUGACCACGGGCUGCCUGACCACAGCCUACCAGCGAGCAGCCAGAAUUACAGAGGCUGUGUGUCUGACGGCUCUGGAGGCUGAGGGUAGGAGGCAGAGUGCUGGCGGGCUGCCUUUCUCUGCCUUCACACCGUUCCUCCUCCUCCUCCUCCUCCUCUAUUAAUCUCCUCUUCAUUCCGUAGUGGAACCAUCCCCUGUAUGACCUCGCUGACCCCAUGAUGUUGGCAAGCCGCCCCUCCCCCCCCCCCCCCCAGUCUCCAAAUGCAGCCUCCCUCUGACCAGCCAGGAAUUGGUUUGUGGGCUGUGUCUCAGCUGGCAGUGGGACCUAAGAGAUGUCCACAUCCCUCCUAGACACUGCUGGUAUCCCCUACAGCAUGACCUACAAGAGAAAAUCCUGCUGCUCCCUCAAGCCCUUCACCACCCACUUCCCCUUGACUCUGGAGGUGGUGCCAUGGCCGUCUGGCUCCUUGUCUCAGGAAUCCUGCUUCUGUGGUUCACCCCCACCCCCACCCCCUUCUCACGUUCCUCCUGCCUCUCACCUGCCGUGCAGCACUGUUCACGGCAGCUUACAGGGAAACCUCCCUUUCCUGAUUCCCACCUUACCACAAGACCCAGGGCUGUGGGGUGAGGUGUUGCUACCGAACUGAACACCAGCAAUGAUGUUCCAGAAAGCAUUUCAAUAUCUUCCCUUGGUUCCACUGCUGCUAAGCUGGGGAUGGGGCUUGGAAUAGCCGCUCCGGUGGAGGAGGCUUCCCAGCAGGGGAGAGAGAUAAUUAAAAUGGCAUUACCGUGUCUCCCUGUGGGAUGCGGUGACAUUAAAGAGCCACACUGACAAAAUACCCGGGACUGGAAGGUUCUGUGCUGCCUUCCUCGCAGACACAGAACCACAGCAGUAUCUGGGAGCUGCUGGGACCGCUUUGCUCUGCUCACAGGCAGUCUGGGGCAGGGAGCCUAGAUGCAAAGACCUACCGUGCUGAAGGGAGGGAAAGAAUUGGUCUGGGAAGGGCGGUGGCUUCCUGGGGUUCCCUAUCUGGAGGACACAAGUCCUGCUUGGAAUGUAAGCAGGCUCCUUUGCCUGGGGCAGAACUUGGGAAGCCAGGGUUCUAUGAAGGCGCGACUUCCCCCAUUGACUGAGCGCGGAGGUGUGGUUCUCACACACCAGUGAAGGGCUGGCCUUACUGUCCCUUCACUGCGGAGCUGGCAUUCAUACCAUAGCCUGGACAAAGGCACCAAUAACUAAGAUGUCUAGGCCAACUUCAGGGCCACCUGCAUAAGGCAAGGCUUUCUUCGUAGAAAAAAAGGGAGAACCCCCCACCCAGAUGACCUCAGGUGAUCAGUGCCCACCCCCAAACUUUCCCACAGUUCUCUUCGGGGCAGGGGCUGGAAUACAAACACUUCUCUUUGAGCUGUUAAUUUGAGGCCAUUCUGGAACCUUCUACUGCUUGGAUCUUCAUUCUCUCCUGAUAUUGUUGAGAGGUCUGGCCACUAAAACUCUUAGCAAUGUCAUCAGGGACAGGCAGGUCUGCACCCCCUGCCCCCAGGUCUGCAAGCCAGGACUGGGUUCCUCCCUUCUGCCCUGCCCUGAUUGGCACAUCCCCUCCAGCUCUCCAGCCUUCUGUGGACCUGCAGGCAGCUCUUGUACCACCUUCACACUCAGUUGUGCAAGUCCUGAGCUCAGGGCCCCCUGCAUCCUUCCUCAUCGGCCGACCAAGGGGAAUCUUAUAUCCAAGCAGCCGAAUCCGUUACGCCCCCUGUGCGGCCGCGCUUUAUUGUCUUUUUAAUUGUUUGAAGUAAUGUGUCCUUUGGAUUUCUGGAUAUUAAAUAAAAACCACUAAA